UCUAAGUUAGCUUUUUGCUUCUGCCUUUGGUCAGACCUACCUUCACUUCCAUGGGAGGUUUAGAGGGCCAUCUGUACCCAGGGCUGUCUCUCUUCUUCUAUGGACUUUACCAAGCACGACUGGUCUCCAGGGCCUUGAUAUGCAAUGCCCCUGUCCAGUACCCACCACGCCAUCCCUGGAACAAAGGAAGAUGGACAUGGCUACGGCAAAUAUACUAUAUGGGGUUCCUGAAGAUACUGAGCGCCUGCAUUUUAGUAGCCCAAGAGUUGCGUAGCAUUCCUACACAGUUUGUGCUUAUCAGCAAGAUAUAUCAUCAGAGAAACUUUGUGUACCGCAAACAGUGGCAGCAUCUCACUUUCUACAUGACCAUCUUCCUGAGUGGAUGUGUAGACGUGCUGAGCCAGAACCUGCUGCCCCAGAGGUGUGCUGCCCUGGAGCAAAGUGUCCAAGUCCUGGGCGUGUUUAUCUUUCUGCCACUGAUGGUGUCUCACAUGCAGGACACAGAAGGAGUGGAGCUGCGGUCUCACAUGCUGCUCACCCAGGCUAUGUUCCUGCUGAUGCUGGUGGUGAUCGCAGAGCUGUGGGCUCCCAACAUCCCAUUGGUCUGGAUGAUGAAGGCCUUUUUGUAUCUGACCACAGGCUCUUGGCUGAUACAGACGGGCUUUAUGCUGUACAAACCCAUCUCUGGCUAUAAAUGGAUGGAUGAUGAUGAAAAUGACAUUGCGUUUGUCACCACCUUCUUCUGCUGGCAUGUGGUCUUCAAUGCUAUUUUGAUGGUCUGGAUCUACGGCUUCUCCUUGUUGUGGUAUUGUUACAUUUUUGUUAAUGCCUGAACGAGGAUGUGCCCCCAAAUGGUUCCCUAUUGCCUGCACACUCCGGGACAUCUGGAUGAGAAGUUGUGGGAAGUGGAGCUGUCAGAGAAGAUGACAGGGUGUCUUUCCUUCAGAGGUGUCUCCCCAAGAGGCACCAGGCUCUGCUGGGAUGGGCACACCCCUAUCCCUUUCUGGCUUCUCUCAGUCUCACCUGCUGAGCAGUGUGCAUAGGAAAGGCGAGUGAAACAAGAGAGGAAUGUACCUAUGACCUUCAGUUGCAGCUCCCCACCUAUUGCCCUCCCUCUCCCCACCUCAACUCCAACAACUGAGAUCUGCUCGCCCUGGACCUCUCUGCCCCCCUCCCUCCCCUCCCAUGAGAACGUUAAAAUAAAUUCAGUAUAUCCUGCCUUUGGGCUGUUUAUAAAUAUCCCUCACCCACCACAUACAGUGAGGACCACCAGCCAUAUUUAGUACAUAAGAAUUUACCCAUCAUAAUAACCAGCUCCUUAUCCUUUCUUGUUCUGGAUCUCAUCAAUGCUCAUACUGAAUCCAGACUGUCAUUUUGAAUGUGCAGAACUCAUAGAACUGUUCUUGAUUUUUUUUCCUUUGAUUGCUUUGUGAUUUAUUAAACAGAAAGUCAGAUCUUUAAAGGCAACUUCCUCUGCAGGGUUUAUGGAACACGGCGACGCCCUGCACGUAGUGAGGGUUCAGAGGGCUUGUCUGCUUCCAGAGUUUCUUUGGCCAUGUCUCCCUGAAUGUAGCGGCUGUCAGAUGCUGCUUCUGACACAUCUGAAUUGAUUUCCAAGUAGCAGACUCACCCGGACCCACUCCUUUCUGGUUUUCACGUGUAAUAAAAUCCAAUGGCUUAUUUA